CAUAAUUUCAUUUGUUAUGCUCACAUUUGAAGAAUUACAUACUCCGUAUAAUUUAGAUUUCUCCGACAUGCUAUCAACAAGUGACCAAACUCACUCAUCAAACUUGGGAAAGAAAAAGAGAAAAAAGAAGAGUCCAGAGCAGGAAAGAGGGAGAAAAAGCAAUUAGGGCUAUACACCAAGAGGAGCCGCCACAAGAGCCGCCGCUCAAGCCGGUGUUGCGCUCGUGCUGAAGGUUGCGACUGUCGAGAAUCAUCAUCUGUGUAGGUGAGAGCGAAGAACGAGAACGAUCUGCAGAGGAAGUCCAGCGCCCUGCGAUCUACGAAGCCUGCCCUGCGAUUUCCGAUCUAAAAGUCCGGCUGUACUGUGCGCACGGUACAACCGGCUGUACCAUGUAAUUUACGGGAAAAGAAUGUGCGGCGGCGGCAGCGAAAAAUGUAUCUUUAGUGGUGGGGUGAAGGAGAAUAAUGGGAAAGGUGGUGGGGGAGAGGGAUUAAGAAGGGAAUGUCCGAGUCACGGUCUUCUAGACUACGUCUCACUCGGAGCUCAGCCCAUACCUUCUUCUUACCCGAGUCUUCAUCAGCCAGAAGAAGUUGACUUUUUCAAGGUACCCUAGUUAAUCAAAUAAAUUAUUUUUCUCAAAUUUCUCCCAUUUUUGUUUCCAUUUAAAACUGGAAUGUCGAACUAAUUAAUAAAGUUUGAUGAGACGGAAACGUUUCAAGGAUUAGUGUCGUCUCAUAUGGAAGUAGGGGGGCCUCCUCUACUGUUGCCCAUUCUCCGCCUAAAAACCCCCACCUUGGAUUCUCAGUACAGAUCCGAUCGUUAAUCGGGAGGCAAAUUUCGAUCAUACCGGAGUCAUUGAAUCAUGUGGCAAUUAAAUUAAAAGGGAUCAACAAAUGGAUCCCAAGAAAAUCAAUAGAACUAUAUAAUACUCCGUAUAUGGGAACGGUGGUCGUCUCUAGGGUUCCUCCUAGCAGUUAGUCCCGGCGGCGAGAUUGAUUCACCAGUCCGGUGAGUUUUCUUCGGGUCCAGGACUGUUGUUCGGUGGUGACCUUGGCUUUCUCGAGUGACGUUUGUUUUUCCUCUGCGUCUGGUUUUAGUGGCGAUUCCGACCCUGUGGCUUUCGGUCUGUUCUUGUCGCUCCCCCUCUGGGAUUGCUGCAAGCUUGGCGACGCGUCUGGUAGAGCGGAUUGUGCUGGUGGCUCUUGAGGAAGAAUGAGCAUUACAAGCUGGAAUUGCAGGGGAUUGGAUAAUCCAGCAACGAUUCAAUGCCUUAGCGAUUUGAUAAAUGCCAACAGACCAUCAAUUGUUUUCUUAAUGGAGACCAAAGUACGCUGCCAACGAGCAAACGACAUAAUACGGCAUCAAGGUUUUUCUGAUUCGUUCGGGGUGGAUAGCGAAGGGCAGAGUGGAGGUCUGCUACUCGGCUGGAACGAUGAUGUUGAAGUGAAGAUAACGAAGAAUGGCCAGAAUUUCAUUGAUUGCAGAGUCAUUCUAAAGACGAAUAAUAUCCCAUGGCGCCUAACAGGAUAUUAUGGCUUUCCGGAAACUAGGCGGAGAAGAGAGGCAUGGGCUUUGAUGGAGGAACUGGCGGCUGAGAAUAAUGAUCCGUGGCUGAUGAUCGGUGAUUUCAAUGACAUCCUUUUUUAUUCGGAAAAGAAGGGUCGUAUCCCUCACCCUCCCUGGAGAUUACAGGGCUUUUGACAGGCGGUUUAUGGAUGUGGCUUAUGAGACUUCCCUUUUUCGGGAUAUCAAUGGACUUGGGAUAGAGGCAAGGGCACGGCGCACUGGGUGGAGGAAAAACUCGAUCGAAUUUUGGUGAAUGAUGCAUGGUGGGAUAUGUUCCAGGAGGCUCAGGCAACGUCGGUGGAAGCCCCGACAAGUGAUCAUAUGGCCCUGCAUAUGAAGGUGAAAAUCUCAAGCCCGAACAAUAGAAAAAAGAGAUUUAAAUUUGAAAAUAAUUGGGUUAAUGAAGAAGAAUGUAGAUUGGUGGUGUCAAAUAGCUGGGGGGCGGCUACCCAUAUGGCUAUUAAUGAAAAACUAUUUUUUUUGUGGGACUGAAUUGUUACGGUGGGACAAAGGGAGGAGGCGGGGGUUCAGACAGCAGAUCAUUGCGUGUAAAAAAAGACUAGUGUGGUUGCGGGGGAAGGAGGAUAGAGCUGGUGUUAUAGAAUUCUUGAGAGUCCGAGCUACUCUACAGGUGUUGCUAGAAAAGGAAAACCUUUUUUGGAAGCAGCGAGCCAAAGAGUUCUGGCUUCGAGAGGGGGACAUAAAUUCCCGCUUUUUCCAUAAUGCUGUCAAACAGAGGAGAAGGAGAAAUAAAAUGACUGGUAUCCGGAAAGUGGAUGGGUCGUGGAUUACGGACAGGGGUGAGCUGGGGGCAAAUGUCUUGGAUUAUUUUUUAUCUCUUUUUCAGGCUCCGGGGAGAACCAGUACCAGUGAUAUUCGUGGAGAUUUUGUUCAAGUCACGAACGAACAAAACAAUGUGUUGUCUAGGCCUAUUAGUCCGGAGGAAGUUAAGGCGGCAAUGUUUGAAAUGCACUCGGAGAAGGCGCCGGGGUCAGAUGGCAUGAAUCCAGCUUUUUUUCAGGCAUAUUGGGAUUAGAGCCGUCAAAAUGGGCUGAAACCCGCGGGCUGACCCAUUUAAACCCAUUUAUUGGUGGGUUAGGGUUGAGAAUUCCUGACCCAUUUAGUUCGCGGGUUUCGUGGGUCAACCCACACGGGUUGCGGGUUUAAGUGGGUUGGCCCACCGGAUUACGGGUUGGCCCGCGGGCCAAGAUACAAAAAUAUAGUUUUGAAUUUUAUUAUCUAAAAUAUUGUUCUUUUGCUACCAACAUUAUUAUAAUUACAAUUAAAAAAGUAUUAUUCUUUUAUUUCUAUAAUAAAUAUUCAAA